AUGACCACUUUCAGUCCCAUCCCCGCCUAUGUUCUGGGCACUUUGAUCCUGGCCCUCGGCACCAACGCCAUCGGUCGCCCUGGCCCCGAAUACCCGCGUUUUGGCCUGCCCUUCGAACACGCUGCCACCGUCCCCACUCACGCCAACCACUCUCCCCCACCGGGCGCCGUGUCCCCCCUCAUGUACCUGAAAGGCAUUCGGGAGACGAGCUAUGGUCUGGCGCUGAUUGCCCUACAGUACCAAGGCCAAGACACCGCCCUCACCACUUUCGCCGCCAUCCUUGCCCUUACCGCGUUCGCCGACGGCCUCCUCGUGUGGAGGCAUGGGGGUGAUACACUGAAGAUGAAGGCUUUUGGACACUGGCUGACAUUUGUCGGAUUGGCGGGGUGGUCCUGGUGGAGAUCCUCGUACGCUUGA